UUUUAAUCAAUUGAGAAAUAUGGGAACCGUUACACAUUUUUUCGAUCCUAAAAAUGGUACAGCUUUUAGAAAGAUUCUUGGCGAGAGACAAAACAAGCCACUUUUAUUAAGAUCUAAUCAAUCAAAAAAUUUUGGAACUGUUGCACGUUAUUUCGAUCCUAAAAAUGAUAUAGCCUUCAAAAAGGUUUUUGGUGAGGAACAAACCAAGCCAAUUUUAUUAAAUUUUUUAAACUCGGUAUUAAGACGAAAGGGUGAUGAUAUUAUUGAAAAUAUUGAAUUAGUGCCUGCAGAGUUAGUGCCUCAAUCUGAAGAUGGUAAAAAAUCUAUUUUAGAUGUUUAUUGCCGUGAUAAAAAAGGACACAAAUAUAUCGUUAAAAUGCAAAACAAAAGACUCAAUGGAUUCAUUCGAAGAAUAGAAUAUUAUGCCUCAUGUGCUUAUUCCAACCAAUUUUUUAAAGAAAAAACAAAUCAAUGUUUUUUACCAAAUAUUUCUUAUGUAUUCAUUGAACUUCCAAAAUUCGAUAAGUGCAAAAAACAACUCGAAACUGCGGAGGACUACUGGUUACAUUUUUUAAAGGAAGCCUCUAAUGAAUUGGAACCUCCAAAAGAAACGCCUAAUGAGAUUCAGAAAGCUUAUAAGAUUCUUGAAAGAUAUCGUUGGAGCGCAGUGGAAAAUUUUGCUUAUGAAAAGCUCAUGAUGAACAUUUUAGACGAAGAAGAUGCAGCCAGUUCUGCUAAAAAGGAAGGUUUUGAGGAAGGUUUUGAGAAAGGUUUGGAGGAAGUUAGCAAAAAAGUUGCACUUAAGCUUUUGAAAAAGAGGUCAUCUCUUCAAGAAAUUUCAGAUAUUACAGGUUUAUCAGCUUCGAAAAUUCAAGAGUUAAAAAUCAAUAAUAUUUUUCAACCACUUAACUUUGAGUAG